AUGAGUCCCUCAGAUAUGAGUCGCCUUGCCUGGUCCUUCUUCAGCCUGCUGACAGCUGCUUGUCAGAGUCCAGAUGAAUGCCAAAGCUCCCUCCAGGACCCGAUGAUUACAGGGCAGCUGAGCAAGCCGCUGCUCUCCCUGCGCAGCGACAUGAGCGCAGCAGAACUCCGGGCGGACGACAAAGCGGCCACCCCAGACAGCGAUCUGAACGACGAGCCCCUGCUCCUGCCCUCCGAGGCCACGGACAGAGAGGGCACUCCAAACAAGCUGUACGGAGCUUGUGACGGUUCGGUCCAGUCUGACACCAGCAGCAGUCCUUCUGAGCAGAGUCAUCUGGGCCAUUCCCACCCAGCGUUCUCCAUGGGUCCACAGUCUCUCCUGGUGGCCCAGCAGCUGGCCAAUGCAGUGGGCGGCGUGAUGUCCGGGGCGGCACAGGGCAUGAACCAGCCCAUCCUCAUCCCCUUCAACGCAGGCGGACACCUGGGGGGGCAGCAGGGCCUCGUCCUCUCUCUGCCCACCGCCAACCUCCAGAGCCUGGUGGCUGCUGCUGCUGCGGGGGGGCUCAUGACGCUCCCGCUCCAGAACCUGCAAGCUACCUCAACUCUGAACUCCCAGCUCCAACACCUGCAGCAGCUCCAGCAGAUGCAGCAGCACCACCACCAGCAGCAGCAGCAGCAGCAACAACAACAACAACAGCAACAGAUCCAACAGAUCCAACACCAUCACCAACAGACCCUCUCCCACAGCCACAACGCGCUGCAAUCCCAGCAUCACAUGACCCCGCCCAACCAGCAGCAGACCUCCAUCCCGUCUCCAGGCUCCACCUGCUCCUCCACCUCUGGACACCAGCAGCACUCCCCACCCCACCGGCCCAACCACUCCCCGGCCCGCAGCCUUCCUUCGCCCGUAACCCCACCCAUGCCUCUGUCGCUGAACCCAUUGGCCAGCCAGGUGGCGGUAGCGGCGGCGGCAGCAGCAGCCAUGGGAUCCAUGGCCGGGUCUCAAGUGUUCGGCAACGCCCUGUCAAACCUGCAAGGAGCCACCGGACAGCUGGUCACCAACGCACAAGGACAGAUAAUUGGAACAAUCCCACUGAUGCCCAACUCUGCAGGGCCCUCCAGCCAAUCAGGGGGUGGCAACCCAGCACUGCAGGUACAGCCAAUUACACCUCAGCUUCUGACCAACGCUCAAGGCCAGAUCAUCGCCACGGUGAUCGGCAAUCAGAUCCUGCCUGUCAUCAACACCCAGGGAAUCACGCUGUCGCCAAUCAAGCCUGGACAGCAGAUGCCUCAGGCUCAGCAGGGUCAGACAGGCCCUGUAUCGUCUCAGCCCAGCCUGCUCCACAUGCCCCACAGACAGAGUCCUCUCCACCAGGCCUCUUCCUCCUCCUCCACCUCCUCCUCUUCCUCGGCUCUCAGCGUGGGGCAGCUGGUCAGCAACCCGCAGACCGCCCCCAGCGAGGUGGACGGGGUCAACCUGGAGGAGAUCCGUGAAUUCGCCAAAGCAUUCAAGAUCCGCCGCCUGUCCCUGGGCCUGACUCAGACUCAGGUGGGCCAGGCGCUGAGCGCGGCCGAGGGUCCGGCGUACAGCCAGUCUGCCAUCUGCAGACACACCAUCCUGAGAAGCCACUUUUUCCUACCACAGGAAGCCCAAGAGAACACAUUAGGUAGCAGUCUGACAGGCAAACUGAACCCUGGCCUUUUAUAUCCUGCCAGGUUUGAGAAGUUGGACAUCACCCCUAAAAGCGCCCAGAAGAUUAAGCCCGUUCUGGAGCGCUGGAUGGCCGAGGCUGAAGCCCGCCACCGGUCCGGCAUGCAGAACCUGACUGAGUUUAUCGGCAGCGAGCCUUCCAAAAAGCGCAAGCGGAGGACCUCUUUCACCCCACAGGCGCUCGAGAUCCUCAACAGCCACUUUGAGAAGAACACACACCCCUCCGGACAGGAAAUGACGGAAAUAGCCGAGAAGCUGAACUAUGACCGGGAGGUGGUGCGGGUCUGGUUCUGCAACAAGAGACAAGCUUUGAAAAACACGGUAAAGCGUUUGAAAGGUCCGGAGCUGGGCCCGGCCGGAGCCAUGGACCCGCUGUCCGACUCUCUAGAGGAGCUGCCCAAAUGAACCACAGCUUAACAGUGGAGGGGAAGAGAGGCAGCCAUUAAUAACCAGAGGGAUGAACUCAUCUUGAACCGAACAAUGUUACAGAGUCACCUGGACGGACAGUGAUGAGUUUGCAAACAAAAACUAUGUGUUGUCAGUGUGAUUACCACAGCUAUGUAAAUGACCUUGGCGAAACCAAAAACAAGAAAAAAGAGAUUAAUAUCUGAGAAUUAUGUAAAAACAUACGGUGUGCUGUUUCAAAGAGUUUUAGAUUCUGGCCGUACAGACCAGACUAUCGCCCACAUUUUGGUUCCCACCAGGAGGGAUUUAGUAAAGAGAUCAUACCAAAUCAAAACACUAUUUACCAAAGUCUGUUGCAUCUGAGUACUAAGAAUAAUUUUGUAAUGUAAAUGUGCUCUAAAUUUCUACAUUUGUACUGGCAAAUCUAAGCUAUAUGUGUGAGGUUGAGUAUACAUUUUAUCUUUGUCUCGCUUACUUUUUUCUUCAUUGUUUGUAUGUAAAUAUCUGAAAAAAAAAAAAAAAUGCUGUCAUCCAAGUGAAACCACACUGAUAAACGUUCUCUUUUUGGACAAAAAGAAAAUGCUGUUGAACAGUUGCAUUAUGAUGUUGUUUGCCUUUGUGUUUCAUCUGCAAACAUUUCUCAGUCACGGUGUAACUUUGUACAACUUUUACAGGUAUUUAUUAAUAAUCUCAGAGUGUUUCAGAGGACAGACAGUCAAAUAAGGACUUUCAGAUGAUGAUGAUGAUGAUGAAGGGUUUCAGUGUCUGUCAAGUCUGCUGUUUUGAGCUACUGUGUCAUUCUGUUGCCAAAGCCUGAUAGCCAAAGAACACAUACA